AGAGAGAGAUGUAUACUUGGCGGGGCCUGUGACAGGACACGUACGGGUUAUACAAAAAUAGCCGGCUUUUGGUUGGGAUAUCUGGCAACUGUUCUUUCUUUCUUUCUUAUUUUUCCCUUCUUAUAUCUUAUUUUCUUUGGAGAAUGGAUAGGUUCUUCAAUCUUCUGUUUAUUAAAAUGUAGAUAGAAAAGUGAGAUCUCUCUUUGGUUGGCUGUAUAUUCCUGGGGUUGCUGGUUUUUCAUGGGCGACCGGAUUCCAACUUGCAUAGUUUCUGGGAUGGCAUCUCCAUUUUCAUAGUUAAUAUAAUUUGGAAGGUUUAUUGGUGAAGAUCAACCUGCUGAGCUAUGGAGGGUUCUUGUAAAACAACAUUGAGCAAUGGUGAAUCGGCCAAUCAUAGCCUUCAAAUUAUUAGGUACCAACCCUGUAUCAAUCUAUCAUCGCCUUGGUUUGAUUUGAGAGUCUUCUACGUGAGGAUCAGCCAUUUCCAUGUUGAUGAUUCAACCCCUGAGUUUCUUAGUCUGAAUCAUAUUCCGCUAAGCCCUGACACCGUUUUGGAAGUCAAUGGUGCUAGAAGUAGCAGUUACUCUGAUGGAGUCUGUUCCCUUCUUAGAAGGGACCGGGUAGAUAAGAAAUCAGAAGAUGCCACCUUUGUGGGCACAGACAGUAUAAGGUUGACAGGGAGUGUGAAAUUUGAGGUUUUUGAUAAAGAAGAUCUCAUUCUCUCUGGGGUUUUGGAGAUGUCUAAUAGCAAUGGUUUCAUGGGGGAAUUGAUAAACAGCACCAAACGGUGGAAUAUGAAUUGUGAGCCAGUGAUCACCGCCGGCGCUGGAUUCUUAAAGGGGAAACAACUAGGUGGCCCUGAGUUUUCGACACCAACAAUGGAGGUUUAUGUCGCAGGUUGCUUCUCUGGAACACCUAUCAUCUUAACCAAGACUUUACAACUGAGUUUUCGAAAGAAGCACAACAGGAAUGGCAUGUUGGAUGUGAUUCCAGAGCAUGAGACUACUGAAUCCCACAAAAAUAUGUCCCCUGAAGAUCUGCAGGUGGCAGAAUACAGAAGCUACAGACCAGAAAAUGAAAAUGACUACAACAACCUGACUUGGAGGACGGAAUACAUAGAUGGUGAAGAUGGUGAAUUGUCCUGGUUUAAUGCUGGUGUGAGAGUUGGUGUUGGGAUUGGGCUUGGUGUUUGCCUUGGAAUCGGAAUCGGAGUUGGGUUGCUAGUCCGUACAUACCAAUCAACUACACGAAACUUUAAAAGGAGGCUCCUCUGAUCCCCUUUCAUUAGACCUACCAUAAACUAGGUUCCUUCAAAAUCCAAAUCCAGCUGCUAACUUCGUCAUUUCUCCAACUUGCAGGGCUGUUUGACAUGCAUUACCAUGGCAGGUUUUGACCCAGUAAUUAUCUGUGUAGCUAACUCUGUUAAUUUUGCAUGAUUUUGCAGCCUUAAAAUUUUAGUGAAAUAUUUGUUUGGAAAGGUAUGAUAGAUAACUAGUUCCUGAGAAUCCAAAGAAUGACUGCUGUUUUUCUUUGUUUAAUAAGUAAGAAUGACUGCUGUUAUUGAGCUGUAAAUGAAUGUCACUGGGGAUUGGAGCA